AUGGACCAAAACUCAAAUCCAGAGCUCCAGUGGGAAGGCAAGGUGUAUGCCAAACUAUCUGGCCCCACAGCAGACCAGGCCUGGUCCCUGCUCAAGGAAUUCUGCGCUCUCCACAAAUGGGUCUCAUCGAUUGACACUUGUUACAAGCUGGAAGGCACCGAGGGGGAACCCGGCUGUGUGAGGUACUGUGCCGGAUCCCUGAACCAGUCGGACCCGGCCCAACCGGUGGGUUGGUCCAAGGAGCAGCUGGUCGCCUUCGACCCGGCAGGCCGAUCCUACACCUACAAGAUCGUGGAGGGCAACAAAGGGUUCGGCCGCUACACCGCCACGCUCCGGGUGGUCCCGGAUGCCGAGGGCGUUGCAGAGGGCUGCUGCAUCGAGUGGGGCUUCGCGGCGGAACCGGUGAGGGGGUGGACUUGCGAAGGGUUCGUGGCGUUUCUGGCGAAGCUGGCGCAGGGCGUUGCAGCGAGGGUGGAAGAAGAAAUUACCCGGCGGCGCGAAUGAUGCAUAUUUUUUCCUAGAAUAUUUCGGUACAUGAUGAUGAUUAGGGAUAUAUUAAUUAAUAAUCAAUUAAUAUAGACUUUUCUAUUUUCUUUUUUGUUGCUUUGCUGCUCUCUGUCGUGACUGGUGACAUGCCUCUUGCUCCGGUCCUACGGCCAGCCUAGGCUGUUUGUACGUUUUUUCUGUAACGAAGAAUAUAUUAGUGAAGAAUAAAUAUAUUUGGUUGAUGUAAUA